UGCAGGUCAGUGGUAACAGUUUAGCGUGACUUUCGUACUAGGCACAAUGUGGAUCCUCCUACAGCACUGAGCAUUAGAUGAUGGCAUGAAAAGAUCUUAGAAACAGUGUGAAGGAAAACUGCUGGGCUGUACUCAAGUGUCUGACACAGAUGUCGAACGUAUCUGCCAUAAUUUCACAAGGAGUCCAUAGAAAUCCAUUCACCGUGCAACUCAACAGCUCAACAUACCCCUGAAGUCCAUCUGGCAUCAACGUUUACACAUGAAAUCUUACAAAAUUCAGCUGCUGCAAGCUCUUUGUGAAGGUGACAGACAACAAUGUGAGGCAUUCUGUAAUUUUGUUCUUGGCAAGUUGGAGGAUGACAGUUUUCUUCCACACUUAGUGUUUAGUGAUGAGGGAACAUUCCAUUUAAAUGGAAAGAUGAACCAUCAUAAUGUGAGUAUAUGGGGUAUAGAACAACCACAUGAAGUUGUACAACAUGAGAGGGACUCUCCAAAAUUUCAUGUGUUUUGCGCAGUUUCACAGAAAAAGUUGGAGGCUGAUUUGAAUGACUCACCACCACACUGGAAACUGGAAGUGCAGGAAUUUUUAAAUCAAAGGAUUACUGAACAAUGGAUCAGUUGCACUGGACCAAAUGAUUCAGUCAUACAUUACUGGCCUCCAAGGUCACCAGACCUGACUGAAUGUGAUUAUUUCUUGUGGGGGUUUAUAAAAGGCUCUAUUUGUAUGCCUCCUUUACCAACAUCAGUGAAUGAACUGAGACAUCACAUAACAGCAGCUGUGGAAGCUGUAACUCAAUACAUGGUCACUGCAGUGUGAGAAUAAUUUGAAUACCGCAUUGACAUAUGCCAU